AGCAAGGAAAAAAAAAAAAAGAAAAUUUUUUUGAAUAAACUCUUUUCAUUUACCUUCUUUAACUCUUCACUACUACUUAACCGACCAAGAAUGGAGCAAUUUCUUGCAGGUCUCGAUGAUCUUUUAACAAAGCUAGCCCAGGCACAAGAUUCAGAGACAAUCAGAAACGCCACUUCUGCUUUAAACACACAAUAUUAUGCUUCUGCAGAUUGUGUUCCUGCUUUAGUCGAAAUUAUCAGUCGUUCUCCUCACUUUCAAGUUAGACAGUUGGCUGCUGUUGAACUUCGUAAGAGAAUUACAAAGUGGUGGUCUCAAAUUCAAGAAUCUGUUAAGGUCAAUAUUCGUGGCUCACUUUUGAAUAUUGCUCUUAGCGAAGAAAAGGAAGCGGUUCGUCAUUCUAUUGCUCAAGUCAUCUCUUCUGUAGCCAGUAUUGAUAUGCCUGAGGAGAAGUGGCCUGCUCUGUUAGGAUUUUUGUAUGAAGCUUGCAGCAGUCAGAACCCUUCUCAUCGUGAAGUCGGUAUUUAUUGUUUAUACACUCUGUUCGAUGUCAUUGCUGAUGUCUUUAUGAACAAUACGGUUUCUUUGUUUGAAUUAUUCAACAAAUCAAUUGUGGACCCUGAAAGCAAAUCAGUUAGAAUUACCACCGUACUAGUUCUUGGCAAAUUGGCUGAAUUUGUAGACAGUGAAGAUAAGAAUACAAUUAAAAUGUUCAGAGCUAUGAUUCCCAGUAUAGUCAAUGUAUUGGAACAAUGUAUCAAGGACGAUGAUGAAGAACAUUGUGCUCAAAUAUUUGAAGUUUUUGAUACUAUGUUGAUGUUGGAUGCCCCGUUACUCAACGACCAUUUAGCUAACUUGAUCGACUUCUUUUUAACUAUCGGUGGUAAUACGGAAUUGGAUGACAGUAUUCGUGUUUUUGCGUUGUCCUUCUUGAUGUGGGCCGCUGUCUACAAAAAUCACAAAAUUAGACAGUUAAAGCUCGUUGCACCUAUUGCUGAAAGAUUGAUGCCCAUUGGUACUGAGCAAGAUCCGGAAGAUAUUGAUGAAGAUUCUGCCUCAAGACUGGCCUUCAAAGUAUUCAAUGCUUUAGCUACUAAUAUUCCUCCUCAACAUGUAUUCCCUAUUAUUAUGCCGCUCGUAUUGAACUAUAUCCAAAACCCCAACCCCAACUUCCGUAAAGCCUCCAUGAUGACUUUUGCCGUUACUGUUGAAGGCUGCACUGAUAUUGUUGCUAGCAAGUUGAACGAACUUCUUCCUCUUGUCUGCUCCGGACUUCAAGACCCUGAAAUGAUUGUUCGUCGUGCUGCUUGUAUGGCUCUCGGUUGUCUCGCCGAAGAAAUGCCUGGUGAUAUUUCUGAGCAUCAUCAAACCUUACUUCCUCUUGUGUUUAAUUUGAUGAAUGAUAAUAAUGCUGAGAUUACUAAACACGCCUGUAACGCUCUCGAUGCCACCCUUGAAGGUCUCGGCGCAGAUAUCGUUCAAUAUCUUCCUUUGUUGAUGGAAAAGCUGUUGUUCUUAUUGGACCACGCUACUGAAACAGAAACUCGUGCUACCGUCAUCGCAGCCAUUGGCAGUGCUGCUCAUGCUGCAGCUGAAGCCUUCCAUCCUUACUUCAAUCAAGUUUUACCUCGUAUUGCUCAGCUCAUGUCCGUUAAAGAGAGCACGGAUGAUCAAUUGCUCCGUGGUGUGGCCACUGAUACUGCUGGUUCUAUUGCUGAGGCUGUUGGCGCUGAAGUUUUCAGACCUUAUGUUGAAAACUUGAUGACCUUUGCUGUAGAACAGCUCAAGUUAGACUCACCUCGUCUUCGUGAAUGCUCCUUUGCCUUUUUCUCUAAUUUGGCCCGUGUCUUUGGCGAGGAUUUCGCUCCUUUCUUACCUACCAUUGUCCCUGAACUUUUAGCAUCUUGCAAAGCCGAAGAAAAGAAUGAGGCUUUAUUGGACGAAGAAAUUGACCUCACCACUGGUGGUAUGGAUGAUGAUUUGGAGGAUGAUUUCGAAAACUUCAACUUUAAUUCUGCUAUUGCCGAUGAAAAAGAGUUUGCUGUCGAUGCUUUAGGUGAACUUUUUGCCAAUACAAAAUCCCAUUUCUUACCUUACGUCGAGCCUUCUUUAGAAGAACUGCAAAAACUUACUGGCCAUCUUUACGAAGGCGUACGUAAAUCAGCCAAUCAAAGCUUAUUCACUUUUGUCAAGACUGUAUAUACUAUGUCCAACCCUGGACCUUGGACGGUAGGCAUUCCUGUCACUUACACUGUCCACGAAAAUGUCAAAAGUUUGAUUCAAACUGUUGUGCCCAUGACUAUCGAAUUAUGGAAAGAGGAAGACGACCGCUCUACUGCUGCUCAAAUUUGUCAAGAAUUUGUCGCCGCUCUUCGUCUCAUGGGUCCUGUUGUUGUUGCUGACUAUCUCGAUGAUAUCGCCCAAAAUCUAUUAGAAAUUUUUCAAAAGAAAUCUUUGUGUCAGCAAGCCUUUGAUGAUGGUGAUUUUGAUGACGAAGAUGAUGAUUUGGAGUCUGAGUCUGUCCUUAUCACUUCUGCUGGCGAUCUCGUUGCCGCCCUUUGUGAGACUGUCGGUCCCCACUUUUACAAAUACUUUGAAGUUUAUCUUCCUCUUAUUCUCAAAUAUUACAAGCCCACAAAGUCUCAAACCGAAAGAGCUAUGGCUGUUGGCUGUUUAGGCGAGUGUAUCGUUGGUAUCAAAGAUGCCAUUACCCCUCAUACAGAACGUUUGUUGCAAACCUUUGUCAAAGCAUGCGGUGAUGAAGAUGAGUUAGUGCGUAGCAACGCCGCUUUCGCUCUUGGUUGCUUGACUUUUCACACUCAAAUGGAUUUAAGCAAUCAAUACCCUGCUAUGUUAACUGCUCUCUCCCCUCUUUUCAGUAACCAGACCAUCCCCAAUACUGUUGACAACGCUGCUGGCGCAGUCGCCCGUCUAAUUUUAGCUCAUCCUAACGCUGUUCCCUUGGACCAGGUUUUACCCACUUGGAUCAGUGUUUUACCAUUGAAGGCAGAUUAUGAAGAAAACCAACCCGUUUUCGAUUGUAUUUUCCAAUUGUUCAAUGCCAAUAACUCCUUCGUCCUUAAUAAUCUGCCUCAAUUCUUACACAUCUUUACUCAAGUUCUUUCUGACAGUGACCAAUUGAAGGAAGGAACAAGAACUCAUUUGAUUGAACUAUGCCGUCAUCUAAAUGCUCAAUCACCAGAGUUGAAUAUCGGUUCAAGUGAAUUAGCCCGCUUCUUGUAAUUUACAUGAUUUUUCUUUUAACCUUAGAAUUAUAGCACAUACCUAGAAGAACCUUCAUUUCUGUUUUCUUCAAUUUUUUGUAUAGUAAUAAUAAUAACAACAUUAUAGUAGUGA